AUGGAGAUCGGGUCGCUGGCGCCGGGUGAGAGGCCGCACGCCGUGAUGAUCCCCUACCCGGCGCAGGGCCACGUCACGCCGAUGCUGAAGCUGGCCAAGCUGCUCCACGUCAGGGGCUUCCACGUCACCUUCGUCAACAACGAGUUCAACCACCGCCGCCUGCUGCGCUCCCAGUCUGCCGAAGCGCUACAUGGCCUGCCGGGGUUCCGGAUGGGGUCGUUGCCGCCGGCGGGCGAGAGGCCGCACGCCGUGAUGAUGCCGUACCCGGCGCAGGGCCACGUGACGCCGAUGCUGAAGCUGGCCAAGCUGCUCCACACCAGGGGCUUCCACAUCACCUUCGUCAACAACGAGUUCAACCACCUCCGCCUGCUGGGCGCGCAGCAGUCGCAGGCCGCCGUGGACAGGCUCUGCAGCCUGCCGGGGUUCCGCUUCGCCACCAUCGCCGACGGCCUUCCGCCGUCCGACCUCGAGGCCUCGCGGGACACGCCCGCGCUGAUCUACUCCACCAUGACCACCUGCCGUCCCAGGUUCAAGGAGCUCGUCGUCAAUCUCAACGAGGAGGCUGAGGCCUCCGGUGGCGCCCUGCCGCCUGUCACCUGCGUGGUGGCCGAUAGCAUCACGAGCUUCGCCAUUAGCGUGGCGCGUGAGCUCGGCCUCCGCUGCGCCGUGCUCUGGACCGCCAGCGCCUGUGGUUUCAUGGGCUACUACCACUACAAGGAUCUACUCGACCGUGGACUCGUCCCUCUCAAAGAAGAGGCUCAGUUGCGCAAUGGAUACUUGGACACGAUCAUCGACUGGAUACCGGCGAUGCCCAAGGACCUGCGGCUGCGUGACCUCCCGAGCUAUUUGCGCACCGUGGACCCUGACGACAUCAUGUUCAACUUCUUCAUCCACGAGGUACCCGCCAUGUCGCAGGCGUCGGCGGUGGUCAUCAACACCUGGGACGAACUCGACGCGCCCUUGCUUGAUGCCAUGUCCAAGCUCCUGCCGCCCAUCUACACAGCGGGGCCACUCCAUUUGACGGCUCGCAACAAUGUGCCGGAGGAGAGCCCCGUCUCCGGCGUUGGGUCCAACCUGUGGAAGGAGCAGGACGCUCCCCUCCGGUGGCUCGACGGCCGGCCGCCGCGCUCCGUGGUGCACGGCGACGUCAAGGCCGCACUUCUGCCGGAGUUCUAUGCGGCAACUGAGGGGCGGAGCAUGUUGUCGACAUGGUGCCCGCAGCAGGAGGUGCUGGAGCACGAGGCCGUAGGGGUGUUCCUCACGCACUCUGGCUGGAACUCGUCGCUGGAGGGCAUCUGCGGCGGCGUGCCGAUGGUGUGCUGGCCCUUCUUCGCGGAGCAGCAGACCAACUGCCGUUUCAAGUGUACGGAGUGGGGCAUCGGGAUGGAGAUUGGGGACGACGUGAGGAGGACCGAGGUGGAGGCCAUGAUACGGGAGGCCAUGGAGGGGGAGCAGGGGCGGGAGAUGCGGCGACGCGUGUUGGAGCUUCACCAGAGCGCUGUGGCCUCCUCACGGCGUGACGGAAGGUCCAUGCGCAAUGUUGAUAGGCUCAUCAAGGAGGUGCUUCUGGCUUAA